UUUAGUUUGUUGUUUUGCCGCCAUCUUUUGGAGAGGAUAAACCAAUGUGUACAUGGCUUGAUGGCUUGAUCUUCAAGAAAUACAAAGUGUGAUCAUCAAAAACAAUGAAUAGUAAUAAGGAGAGCACACGUUAUUUUCUUCCAUCAGAAAUAGCCAGGCUUGUACUGGGUUAUCUAAAGGAAGAAAAUUACAUGAAGACAUAUAGAAUAUUCCUGAAAGAGUGUAACCACUUGAGGGAAUAUGAGGCACUGUUGCGAAGUGGAGCAGAGUAUCCCACAGCUAUCAUGGGCUUGACUUUAUUGAUGAUGCUUCAGGAAUAUGCUCAGCUUAAAUUGAAUGCUGUCCAUGCAGAACAUAGCUCAGUAGCUGUCUCAGCCCUGUGGAAUCAGCUGGAGUCUGUUGUCACUACUCUGAAAAAACAAACAAGCUCAUGUCAGUUUAGAUUGGCAGGUGGUGAAACACAGUCAACACGCACCUCACGCCUUCUUAAACAAGCAAGAAGACAAAUAAAUGGCACAGUUCCAUGUUCAUCCAUAGUAAGGACAUCAUCUUUCAGUAAUUUCAACACCUCCAGACUUGAUAGUACAGGUUCUGGUUCUAAUGGGGACAUAGUGUCAGUUCUAGAUAGAGACACAAAUGGGAUACCAGAUGAGGCAGACGAUGAAAUAAGAAUGGACUAUCAAGUUACUUCUCCCAGGAGACUAGCUUCUGCUUCCCAUCAGGGUUUUGCAACAGAAAGUCAACAAACAGGACAUGCCCUGCAUCAUCCAUUGGGGAGCAGAGUGAACAUACUUAGUCCUGCUGCUAGUUCUUCUGUUUUGAUAGCUGGCAAUACCACAUUAACAGUGAGUAGAACCACCAUAUCCAACACCUAUACAACCAGUUCCACUGGUGCAAGCAUUGUGUCUGUCAGUGCUGGUAGACAGUCUGGUGAGUGCAUCUCUGAUACACCUAUUGCGGUAGGUAUAUCCAGUGCGUUGAUGACUAUAUCCACGUCUGAGCAGCAGACUGCUUCUUCUGCUCCUACAUGUGUACACACUGGCAUUCCUGUCAGUUUACCAACAUGUACAGCUAUCACAGAAAUGUCUAAGGAUAAAGAUAUUUUGAUGUCAUCUGAUCUUGACCAGGAUGUAACUGUUUGUGAAGACACCAUCUCUGCAGUCAUAGCACCACCAGCUUUUUCUUCCUUGCCUUUGUGCAGUGACGUCAUCUCUCGCUCCCAUGCAGACAAUGCGUUAGUGUGUUCUUCAGGUGUCCUGCAGACUUCAUCUUCUGUUCCAGCGACAAGAAAAGAUUCUUCUUCUAGGAACAGUAAAGCAUGCAUGCCAGCAAAAACUCCUCUGUCACCAUUCUACAGACAUGCUGGAAGUCAGGUUCUUGUGCAAUCUGCUGAUGAAGAAUCAGCAUCUAGGUUUCUAAAUAUAGAUGAGUCCUCUACUAGUAGGGCUGGUUCUGAGCCUGGUCAACAACAUAGAAGUAUUGUGUCCUCAUCAAUCACACUUGCUGCAUUAGAUUCGUACACCAUCAACCCAUCUAUAGCAAACUGUUGUGAAGUGGAAAAAAGUUGCAUGAAAAACACAGUGGAGUUUACAGAACAGGGCGAGAGGGUUGGGUCUUCAAACCAACGAGAUGAAGACAUGGGAUUGAAUGGGGUAGUAGACAGAAGACUAGAAGAGAGCUUAGCAUUACCCCUAGUGCAGAGGGAGGAUAGUGUGUCAAGGACUGUUGAAAAUGUUGCUUGUGACAGGAGGAACCAUGUUGAGACUAAGGAACAGGAGGGUCAUUCAAGAGGAGAUGAAAAUAGUAUACAAGUGAUGGAAGAGAACCUGGAUGUAGGUGCUAAUAUAGAGGUGGAUGAAUCUGGCAAUGCAACAGCAUGUGGGGAUACUGUAUCAGGUCCCAUGGAGGAAGUGCUUUUGGAGAAAGUUCAGACAUCUUUGAAGGGGGGUCACAGUAGAUCAAGGGAGAGGUCACCCAAGCGAAAGAAAAAACCACCCAAAAAAAGGAGUGAAUCUGUACCCCAUGUGAAUGAUGGUCAAGGAAGCGCUGUGACAGGAGCCCAUCAGGAUCAUGCAGAGCCUUAUGCCCUGGACAGGAUUAUCAAUAAUCCACAGCUUGUGGAGAGACUGGCUGACAACAUCAACCGGUCUCUUUAUUUGGAGGUCCACAAUGUCCACCAUCAGGCUGAAACAAGGGAAACACAUGCAGACAUCAGUCCAUCUUCUGAAGAGAGAGAAGCUCAAGAUCCAGAUCCUGGCUCAAGAGAAAACAGUCUUGAGGAAUUUUUAAACACAGGUCACAAGAACAUGCCAGAGGAAGCUGUUAAUGAUAUCAUCAGGAUGACACGAAGUGACCCAAUCUUCCAGUCUCUUUUUGAACUUUUCAAUACAGACAGGGAGGAAUAUAUCGAACGUGAGUUUGGCAGCAGACAUGCUACAAGUUCUAUGCAGGAUGGCCAAGAUAAGAGACAUACUUCUCCAUCAUUCAUGCCGCUUCCUCAUACAUCUUGCCCAUCUCAGUCCAAGCCUGAUGCUUCAUACUCAUCAGCAGGUCACAAACUGUUGGCCUCUUCUCAACAGCAAGAAGGACAGAUGAGAGUAGAUGUCAUUGAAAAUCAGAACACCAGAGAACUCAUUCACAUGACGCAACUACAGUCAAAUCAGCUGAGGCUCUCUGACCAAGAAAAGUCAUUCUCUACUGCGUCUGAAACUCGGAAACACUUGAGGAUGUUGUUUCAGUCAACAUGCAUGGAUGAGAUUCCUGUGGCUUCCACAUCUUCAAACCAUUCCAAAGAUACAGUUAGUAAGAACACAAAUAGCUUAUCAGAAAACCAGAUGGCAGAUCAUCAUGCUGAGAAAGGUGACCUAAACCUAUGUGAUCCACAAAUUCUGAGAUUAGCUGCAAUCAGAGACAACUUAGAAAAGAAAGACAGUAGCAGUACUGUGACAGGCCAUCAGAAAGAAUCACAAAGUAGCAGAGAGAUAAUAGUUCAUGCAACGAGUGAAAUUUUAAAUUCAUCAGGUACUUCCAGGUUACUGUCAGACUCUUGUGAAAUUGACAUUCAAGGUGAAGUGAGUCUUUUAGGUCCUGAUGCAGUUUCACAACAUGGGGGCAAUAUUGAAGUUGCUGAAACUGAGCAGCAGAAAUCUCUAAACAUGCAACUUUGUUGGCAUGCUAAAGAAACCACAGAUAUAGUAACUGCUAGUCAGAAUAGAGGAGUGUCUUCAAAGCAAGGUGUGUCAGUUGCUGCAGAUUUACAAAAAUCGCAUGUGUCCCAUGGAGUCUGGUCAUCACCUGCAAAAUCAGCUGUGUUGCCAGAGCGGUUUGCAUGUGUCUUAAUGCAUAGCAACUCUGCAUCAAGCCUGUCAGCUGUAGGUGAUAAUGAUGGUUCACCCUCCAGCCAUCAUUACUGUGAUGUUGCAGGCGCCAAUGUUUUGCCAGGUGUUGAGUCAGGUGUCCAUUGUAUGCUGGACAGUGAGAGGAGCAGAAGAAGUGAGCAUGGAGGAAAAGGUUCAGCACCAGAACUAGCCAUUUCUAAAGAGAUUCAUCCUAAAAGUUACAGUUUUUCCAACUCCGAAAAAAUCUGCAUAGAUCAUUCCCCUCAAGGUAAUUCUUCAGCAGGAUGUAACUCAACUGAGACUCUCGGUUUGUUGCGGCUAAAAAAAGCAUUGCAGGCAGAUAAAUGUCAGCAGGAACUGCAAGCUGAGAAGACUCUAGAGAAUAUGGCUCACCUGUCAAAAUCUCCACUUGUUCAUCCUUUGGCUGCUGGGAUGCAUAGAUCUUGUGUUUCACUGCUUGUCAGAGACCAGCCAAAUGCCUGUGACACAGAUAGACAGUCUCCAUCUCAAAACUUAUCGGAGUCAGUGGAUGGCAGCCCACCAAGCUUAAACACUGUCACUGUUAGAAGUGUCCACAUACAUACACCAGAAAGCUCUCAGCCAGCUUUUCAACAUGUGGCGUUUAGUACCACAGAUUCUUGUGGCGAUAAAAUACCAGAUGUAAAUGAGGAAGCUGAAAGAACCAAAAACAGCAUUUCAUCUAGGACAGACACACCAAAUUUUUCCUGCACACGGCAGCAAAAUCAGACUUCAGUGCAAAAUGAAGGGGAAGCAGCUCAGCAGCCAGUUUCAAGUCCUUGGCUUGUUCAACACCAAAAUGUCUCUCUGGAAAUGAGUCUUCAAAAAAAAGUCAGAUCUCGGAACACUGCCUUUCACGUCAGUCUGUUGUGCCUUCAUCUACUGGUUCUGAUGAAGGUUCUGUUGCUGUUGAUCCUGUUAAAACUGCUUUGGCUGAGAGUGAUAUAUCUGUUCAGUUGUUAGAGAAUAAUGUUGAGCAAUCUAAGGCUUCUUCCUC